AUGCCGGUAGACUCCGGCAUUGCGGAGGCCAGUGCCUCCCCGUCGGAGGAAUCCCUCGCGAACGGAACAAAGCCACACCCAGUCGUGGAGACAGCCAACGGCAGCUCCAAUGGCUUCAGCGCGUCGAAGAUCCAAAACAUACACCAGAAGUACGCUGAGGAGCGAAGCAAGCGCCUGCGCCCUGACGGAAUGGCACAGUACAUCAACCUGACAACGACAGAGAACCAGAGCCUCAAGCGCCUCUUGGAGGAUAAGUGGGAUGAUGGAUCAGCCCCUUCGAUGACCCUCGAGGAAGGCGCACACUACAAGAUUAUCAUCGUGGGAGCAGGGUAUGGAGGCAUCUUGUUUGCAGUGCGUUUGCUGGACGCUGGAUUUAAGCCAGAGGACAUUGUCAUCGUCGACACAGCCGCCGGAUUCGGAGGCACCUGGUACUGGAACCGCUAUCCUGGUCUAAUGUGCGAUGUCGAGAGCUACAUCUACAUGCCACUCCUGGAAGAAACUGGGUAUAUGCCGAAGCAUAAGUAUUCAUACGGAGAGGAGCUGAGAGAACAGGCCAACCGGAUUGCGAAGAAUUGGUCAUUUGCUGACAGGGCCAUGUUCCGGACGAUGUUUCAGCGAUGCUGCUGGAAUGAGGAUACUCGCACAUGGGCUGUUCAAAUGACCCAGCAGCCACCAAACAGCCAGCCGGUAUCUGCCAAGGUCCACGCUGACUUUGUGGCGCUGAUACCAGGUCUAUUAAACCGCCCAAAGAUCUCCAACUUUGCGGGCCUCGAGACCUUCCAAGGCCAGGGCUUCCACGCAGCCCGUUGGGAUUAUAAAAUCACCGGAGGCAGUCAAGAAGAUCCAACUCUAACCAAUCUCCAAGAUAAAAGAGUCGGGAUCAUCGGCACAGGCGCCACGGCCAUCCAGGCUGUUCCCCAAUUGGCCAAAUGGAGCAAACAUCUCUACGUCUUCCAGCGAACGCCCUCUUCGGUGGAUGUCCGCAACCAGAGGCCCACUGACCCCGAGGAAUGGGCUCAGAAGAUCGCAACGGGACCAGGAUGGCAAAUGGCCCGAAACCGCAAUUUUAUCUCCAUGGCAUCCAACGCUAAACCCCGCCCGUCUGUUGACAUGGUCUCCGACGGAUGGUCAGCGUUUCCAGGCUUCUGUGCUCUGACGGGCGGGCCAAACGCAGUAACAAUGGAAAACGUUGCCGACCAUGUUGCCGAGAUGCACUCCCUCGACCUGCCACGAUCGGAGCGGAUCCGCACACGAGUCGACGAGGUGGUGCAAGACAAAAAGGUAGCCGAGAAUCUCAAACCCUGGUACGCGGGUUGGUGUAAACGACCUGGCUUCCACGACGAGUACCUCCAAGCCUUCAACCUUCCACAGGUCACUCUCGUGGACACAGGGGGGAAAGGCGUCCAGGAAAUCACCAAAACCGGCGUCGUCGCCAACAGGGAGCACUUCGACCUCGACGUGCUCAUCUUCGCCAUGGGCUUCGACAUAAGCGGCCGACAGAGCCCCGCUUUCCGCAGCGGUGCCCAGAUCCUCGGUCGAGGAGGCCAGUGCCUGGACGAAAAAUGGUCACGGGGAAUCGCCACACUGCACGGCAUCACCACCAACGGCUUCCCGAACUUCUUCUUCGUCGGGCCCAGCCAGACCGGCGUUUCGCCAAACUACACUCCGACACUGGACACAUUGGCCCGGCACGUCGCGUUCAUCAUAUCCGAGAACUUGAAAAUUGCCGGCGACCGGGGUAAGGUCGCUAUCGAGCCGACCCGCGCAGCGGAAGAAGCCUGGGCGGCACGCAUCAAAGCCGGGGCGGCAGCCUUGGCACCGGUUGCCGGGUGUACGCCAUCUUAUUACAACGGAGAGGGGGGGAAGGACAAGUUGUCGGCGGAGGAAAAGUUGGCCGGCGCGGCCGCCGGGCCGUGGCCGCUGGGUCUGAACAGUUACAUGGAUCUUUUGCAGGAGUGGCGGGAUGCAGGCGAUUUUAGUGGGUUUGACAUUAGUGUAGCAUAG